AUGUUUUCUGGCGAAGGUUGCUCCGUCAGAAAAAGACCGAAACAACAAGACGAUUGCUGGUCUUACGUGAUCUGUUUCUGUGCCACAUUAUCUCAAGCGUUGAUCAUGGGUAUUGCUUUAGGGACGUUCGGAGUUCUCCUACCAGUUAUAAUGCAACAAUUCAAUUCAGGAAGAGGACAAACAGGCGAGUAAAAAUGUCAGUCAUUUUUCUGCAACACUGUGGCUAAAUGUCCGGCAGCCGUUAAGGGUCUUGAGAACUAAGUGCGCGGCAGUCAGUAUUUUUUUAGAUUUUCAUCAAAAUCCCUUUUCCUGAAUCGUUUGAAGGUAUUCUAGCUUCAUUUAGAAUUACCAAGCGAUCAAGAAAACAGGAAUUGCGUCGCAGUUGAGCGCGCGGUUUUGGUUUCUUGGGCAUAUAGUGGAGUCGACGUUGUUUCGACACUUAGAAAAUUUCGUGAGUAGCAGCGCGUGACUCACGGGCAGGUUUUCACACAAACACUGAAUACCCGGCUGUCCGAAAGCCGGCUGGAAAGUUAGAAAGCCUCUUAUUAAUAAGCCAAAGGAUUAGUUUCAGUUAGUUUCCCAAAGCAACAACGAAAACACAGUGCUUUCAUUUUGACUGCUGGGCAUUUACCUUUUUAAGACCCUUCCCGGUUGCCGGGCAUAAUAAUAGCCACAUCGUUUCUGCAAAUGAUCAAAUAGAGCAGUAACAUUCGGUGAUAUUGGUGGGAGGUCAGUUUGUACCGCAGUGCUCCCAUUUGCCUUGUAUUUUUCGGGGUAUUUUUACACGGAUCCCUUAUAAUCUGUUUUUAUAACCGUUUGUAAUUUUGUAGACUUUCAAAAAAUGUCCUUCGUCUAAUUUAAUAUGGCGCGGGACGAAGGUCAACCUUUCGCGACGCUGCCGAUCACUUUAGAGCUUCGCGACCUACAAAGUCCGCUUGCUUGCUUGGGGUCGACUUGUGGCACGUCCUUUUAACGUAAAUGUAAUGGAUUUACUUCCUGCUUUACCUGUGGUAAUACAACGCUUACGUCGCAUUAAUGUUGCAUUUUUCGAAGGAAAUUUGCCCACCUCCCCCCGGAUUUGCCCUUUGUCCUUCUCGGAUUCGUAAAUUAUGCACACAUGUGCAAGUGAAUAAGACUUAGAAUUAGCCUGGAAGCCGUAUUAAGAGUUACACCAUAAAAAAAUUUAUGGAGGGGGAUCUUCGAAGUUUGGGCAAGAUUUCCUACGCUUCGCAGGCGACAUUUGAGAAGUAGAAUCUAACUUUUUAGAUAAGGGACGGACUAUUAGAGCUGUCACAGGGUCGUUGCGGGUGGGGGGAAGCAAAGUAAUUAAAACUAUUCGCAUAGUGAGAAGGCUAGAAACAAAUGCUGCGUUGACGCAUGCAAACUGAAAACCUUCCACCCACUGCUUCCCCCCAUAUAAUUGUUCUAACGAUUCAUUCCUGUUGGUUACUAUCACUACAUGUCACCUAAAAGCCUAUUUUAUCUUAUUGUUAUUUUUGCCCACUCCUCAGCCUGGAUUGGAGCACUAGCAGUGGGUUUGUCCUACUUUGCCGCACCUGCAGUGGGACGCAUGUCAGAUUGCUCUAGUUGUCGUGUUAUGACCAUAUGUGGAAGCCUCUUAUGCGCACUAAGUUUGUUUGCAACCUCAUUUGCCAAGUCAAUCAGUCACGUGUUCUUCUCGUACGGCUUACUCUUCGGUCUUGGCGCGGCCUGCGUACGAACCUGCACUUUCCUCGUCGCAGCCAAACAUUUUAAUAGGCGACGUUCUAUGGCAACGGGCCUGGUAUCGUCUGGUACGGGCCUAGGGAUUUUCGUUUUUGGACCCAUUGCUCAAGAGCUAUUAGGAGUUUUGGGUUUACAGAAUACGUACCUUGUUUUAGCCGGUUUUGCACUGUUUGUUUGCGUCUUGGCCGUCUCAUUCUCUUCUACAACUGAGGAUACUGAAGAAAAAUGUGAUAAACACCUUGACGAACAUGUGCAAAAGGAUCAAGAGGCGUAUAGUGAGAAAAAACUUAAAACAUGUUUUCAACGAUGGAAAAUUUUUGACUGUUCACCUUGGAGGACGCCCACAUUUGCAGUUGUCACAAUAGGUUAUGCUGCUAUCGCCCUCGGAGAUUAUGUGCCUCUAAUACAUUUGGUAAGUACAGUAUUGCUGUCUUAUUAUAUUUCUAGUAUUUAUUGACAUGCCAAAAACCUCACAAUGCUUAAGGUCGACUAUAGCUACCGAGCGUUGUGCCUCUACACAUCUUCCCAUUUGUCUGUUAUAAUAAUGAUAAUAAUAAUAAUAAUAAUGAUAUUGAUAAUAAUAAUAAUAAUAAUAAUAAUAAUAAUAAUAAUAAUUCCUCGCGAAGCGCCGAGCGAAGUGAGUUUAUAAUCUCUAUAAUCUUUGUGGGUCCUAGCGAGCUGCAAACUCGCAGCUCUCAUCUUUACUUGUAUAUGUUGCAGUUAAUUUUUAAUUUCAGUUAAUUUUUGUUUUUCCUUUGUUUUAAAUUCAUUAGCAUACAUUACCAUACCCCAAAACAAUGGAAAAAUAAAAAUUAACUGAAAUAAAAAAUUAACUACAACAUAUAUAUCCGAUGGUGUCCGCCAUGACGUCAUACAGUAGUUUGACGUCACGGCGCAUUCUUGUUUCUAUGCAACAUUCGACUGAAAGCGAUUUCGAAUUCCCAUCAUACAUACAUACAUACAUACAUACAUAUUAGUAAUCACAGGAUUUCAGGCUUCAGAAGUAAUCAUUGAUCGUUUAUUGCGACAGUGCUGUUACGUAUGGUCCGAAAUUGUAGGACCACACUCAUCAGGCAACUUCAACGAUUGACCGUUAAAAUUAAAAGCUGGCAGUAAAUAUAGUGAUGCGUUAAGAGAUAGUAUUUAGGUAACAGAUGGAUUGUGUCUUAGUUACGUUACUCUACAUACAUACAUACAUUUAUUUGAUAAGUAGGUUUGUAAUAAGCAACUGUACAGCUGAUGUGGACCUACUACUACUAAGUCUAGAUGAGAGAACAAAGAUUUACAAUACAGUUAUGUAAGAUAAAAAGACUAAUCAAAUAAUUUUAAAAUAUGUAAAUUCAGGGUUCUUAUUAUAAUUACUAAGCAUUCCUUUUGAAAACUGAUGUCCCUAACAUAGGUCUUGAUCGAUUUUAACUUUCUUUUAAAAGAGUGAGGGUUUUCAAGCCGUUUGAUAGUGUCAGGUAAAGAGUUCCAGGCAAUUGCAGCUCUGUGUUUAAAUGAACGACGACCCUCUUCGGUUCUUGGCCUAGAUACAACAACAUUUAACGAUUUCCUAAGACUAUAAGAAGAAGCGUUCUUAACAACUAAACUAUUUAUAUCACCUAACUCUAAAUGAUGAAAAGCUCUAUGCGUUAUAUUUAGAAUACGAGAGCAAUAAGAAUAUUUUAAUGGAAUCCAACUUGCAUUUAUGAGUACUGUUUCGUCUUCCAUGUCUCUUGGUAGUUUGUGGAUAAGUCUUGCGGCCCUGAGGUGGAUUAGUUCUAGAUCUUUCAUCAAAUAAUCUUAGCAAGAGCCCCACACGGCCAUACCAUAUAGUAAGCUUGGGAUUACUGUUUUGUAAUAAAUUGUUUCUAGUGUGGCUUUUGGUAAAAAGCUUAUGCGUCUUAACAUUUUAACUUUAGAGCUGUAUGAGGUAGAGACCGAUUUUACAUGGUUGGCCCAGGAGAGUCUUUCAUCAAUGGCUAUACCAAGACAUACAGAGAAAGAUCUGUAUUCAAUGGUUUUGUCUCCCCAAACUAAAGGCUUCAGGGGGGCAAUAAAGGGUUUUGUAUCCAAGAGUACUGUAUCGCAUUUCCCUUCAUGAAUAAUUAAUCUAUUCUUAUGGCACCAGGUUUGUAGCUGAUCUAAUAUCACCUGGAGGGCUAUAGCAACCUCAUCAGUAGUAUUACCAAUGGUAUAAAUGGUAGUGUCGUCAGCACACAUGCAAACUUCGUCACUUCUUAUGUUGUCUGGAAGAUCAUUUACAUAAGUAAUAAAAAGCCUAGGCCCCAACAGGGAACCCUGAGGGACCUCAAUUUUUACAGGUUUAGAUUCCGAAGAUGCGCCAUCUGUUUGUGUCAAUUGGCUUCUAUUUGCUAAAUAAUCCAUCAACCAUAUCCACAUAUCUUCUGACACUCCCAAUGCCUUCAGUUUCUCACCCAGAAUGACGUGAUCUACACAAUCAAAGGCUCUCCUAAAGUCAAUGAACAAUACGCCUACUUUAAGCCCAUCGUCCAAGGCUUCUUUCCACACUUCAGUAAGGUACAACAAAAGGCUUUCUGUAGAAUGACCCUUCCUAAAUCCCCAUUGUCUGUCAGACAAGAGAUUGUGAGUGGUCAGAUGAUUAUCAAAAGAUCUACAAACCACCCUUUCCAGAAUUUUGCUAGGAACACUUAGGAGUGAUAUAGGUCUAUAGUUAUUUACAUCUAGCCUGUUGCCCUUUUUGAAAACUGCCGUUACCUGGGAUUUCUUCCAACUGCUAGGGAAUUGACAAUCUGCUCUGCUUUUCGUACAGAUUUCAAAGAGCCCUUGUACAACAGAGGACUCACAUAACUUAAGGUCUCUUGGGGAAAUGUGAUCCAAACCCAUUGCUUUAUUUGGGUUGAGGGAUUUGUGUACAAUCUCCUGCACUAUGUCCCACUCCACUGAAAAACUAGACAUAGUAGGGCAGACUUUAUAAAUAAAGUUGGUGGUAUUAGAGGGUAGUGGGCUUAAAUUCCUGGUUAGAUCUAAGGUUAUAUUUAAAAAGAAGUCAUUAACAUAAUCUUAUUCUAUUAAAAUAGCAAUUCUUAAAACGUUCUGUAUUAAUUCGUGGUAAUUGACUUGUUUGUGAUCUUAACUUCUUGGAUGACUCUUUGACUUUCGGCAAAAGGGCAUAUAAUGGAUGGUUAACAUUGUUCUUAAUUUUGGUGAACAACUUGCGGUCACACUUCUCUAAAAGGUCAUAGAUAUUAAUUAACUCAGAAGUGUAACGUCGCUUAUUGCACCUUUUUAAAAAGCAUUGUAUGGUGUUUAAAUCUACCUGGCUCCAUAUACUGGAAGUGCGUAUGUGAUCUUUGGCAGAACAAUAGCCUUAAAGAGAUGAUCUAUCUCUACCUGCGGGUAUCCAUCUUUUCUUAGUGAUCUUAAAAUGUACAAACACUUGUUUGCUUCCCGAAGCUUUCCCUUAACAUGAGAUGAAAAUUUCCAGUCGUUUUGUAAUGCGACACCUAAUAGAGUGAAACUGUCACUCUGUUCUAUGCCACAUAGAGGCGGGAAGUUAGGUGUGACACCUUUUUUAGUCAUACAAAGUUCUUUGCAUUUGCUUGUUUGACAGCUCAUACCAUUAACCUCUGUCAACUCCAAAAAUGCAUUCAGUGCCUUUUGUGAUUCAUUUACACUAUUCUUACGCAGAGUCACAAGAAUACAAGUGUCGUCUGCAUGCUUAGUAAGAUCGCUAUCCUGGCAGUACUGAGCGACGUCGAGAUCGUUUAAGAACAGGUUAAACAAAUACGGGGCGCUAACGCUUCCCUGAGUAGUACCGCGGUUGACUUCCUUCCAAUCACAAACAGUAUUAUGACAGACCACUCUUUGUUUUCUGUCAGACAAGAUGCUGACGUACCAGUUGACAAUGUAUGGGUUUAAAGGGCUCUGUGUUAAUUUCUCUAUUAAUAAGUUGUGCUUAACUCUGUCAAAGGCUUUUGAAAAAUCCAUCGUAAACAGCCUGACUGCUCGGUUAUCGUUGCUAUCUAAAGCUUGGAGAAAUUCAUGCUGUAUUUUAAGAAGCGCGUUUGUACAACUGCCUCCUUUCUGUACGCAAACUGGUUAUUAUUCAAGUAACUCUCCACACCUUCUUUACCAAAGAUGUUAUACACUACUCGCUCAAAAGUCCUAGCAAUUACCGGUGUAACGCAGAUUCCCCUAAAGUCCUGAGGCUGGACUGGAAUGUCUACUUUGGGUAGCGGAUAGACAUUAGCUUGCUUCCAUGCACUGGGCCACCUUUGAGUUGACAAGGAUUGCCAAUAUGGUAGCGUUCUCCUUCCAGACCCAGAAUGGUAUAUUAUCUGGGCCGGUAGAUGUUUGCUUUGUUUUGAGCAGAGCGUAGUAAACCUGGCUCAGUGUGAGCUGUGGUGCAGGAAUAUUUUCCGUAAUGUCCAUAGGUAUGGGUCUGAUAAAAUCUUCAUCGUGACAUAAAUUUGAAAAAUAAUGAUUGUGUUCUCUCACAGAGUCCUCGUCAAAGCUUGGGUUGUAUCUUUCUUUUCUCUUUGACAGCGCAUCGACCUUUUUCCACCAGGCCUUAGAGCCCAUCUUUCCACUCGCAAGCGAUUUACGAUUUUCUGUAACUAUCGCGUUAAUUCUUUCUUUAAGAUUAAUUGGGCAUCCAUCCGGGCUGCGGCAUUUGGCCUUGGCUUUUUUCUUAAGCAGAGCUUUGGCCAGCGGUGUCAUGCAUGGUGGAUCACGCGUAGAUAUACGCACGGUUUUAGCUGGAAAGUUUUCAUUCAUAAGGUCACGGAGCGUUGAUUGCAAGUAACGAGAAGCGGAUUCCACAUCUUCGCUGUCAAAAAUUACGUCCCAGCUUUGUUCUAGAAGUUUUGCAUGAAACGCAACUUUUCUAUGCUCCCUGUAAUCGUGCAUUGUGAAUUUGUAUCUCAUGGGCUUAAGUUUCGCGCCUGCAGGCACAAUAACGCCUCUGUGAUCAGUCAUUAUUUGAGCGUCAAAGGGAUAACACUUUGAGAAUAAGCCGCAGUUGUUUGUCAGGCAGUUGUCUAGAAUAGAAGUGCCCCUCGUGGGGAAGUCAACCAAUGCUGUGAGACCACUUAACCACUUAACCAGUUAAUGAGAGUUUGUCGAGAUUUAUAUUAUUCAAAUUUCCGCCGAUCAUAACAGUGCCAUCCGGAGAACCGUCCAGGAACAGAUCAGAUAUGUCAGGAAAUAAUGUAAUAAUGUGACAGGCAAGUGUGUUCAACGACCCACUAGCUUCUAUCUUUAACACAGAAGCUUGAGCGUAGGCCCACUGCUAUUAAAAUUAGAAACCUAUGGAUGCAAUAUCUAUAUAUAAAGGAGUUGCCGAUCCUUGUACUUUCAGACUCCUAACUUGGCUAGCCUAAUUUCGCCUUUUUGGAAAAGGUUUUAAGCUUUUGUAAUGUUUAUAAUUUGAAUCUUAACUUUAGGUUUUUUUAUCAACCAAGCAAAAGAUAAUUUGAUUUGGGGUUGCAAACCUGCAUGUUGAAUUCUAUUGUUCCUUUCCUAGUAUUUGACUGGAAGGACAGAGCAGUAUAAUCGACUGUUUCUGAGUUACAUGUCUUGCUGAAAACUAGGAAUAUAAUAUAAAAGAAAAAAGAGCUAUUAAGAUGACAUUUUCUUCAUAUACCCUUUUUUUUAAAUAUGUAUUUUUUGCCUUGAAGGUGAAACACUGCAGAGAACUGGGUAUCGGUGGUGAUAGUGCAGCCAGACUCAUCAUGUUUUUUGGUAUAGCCUCGUUUUCAGCUCGGCUUCUUAUUGGUAGAUUAGGCGACUGCAAAUGCGUCAGCUCCCUACACCUGAUACAAGUGGGUUCCCUUGGUGUAGCUAUCACCAUUUUGCUUCUUCCUUUGGCACGAGCUUACUCGGCCUUUGUGGUGUUUUCAAUUGUUGACGGAUUUCUUGAUGGUUUAAUUGGAUCCCAGAUCAAUCUCGUUCUUCUAACUACUGUUAGUCCACAAGUAAGAGCGACUGCCUUUGGUUACGCCAACUGCCUUGUAUCACUAACUCUGAUGAUUGGACCGUCUGUUGCAGGUCAGUAUUACAGGGAUUGUGUUAUCUCAGCGGGUCACCCCACCUAACAUGUUAGUGCGAUUUAAUUGAAAUGAGAAAUUAUUUGGACGGGUGGGUUACCCCGACUAUGUGGGAUACCUCACCCACUGGGGAAAUCCUAACUCCAUGUAUACGGCGGUUGAUCUUCACCGUACUGAACCUCUUAUUUCAUGGGUUCCAUAUAAUCUGCACUUCCAUUGUUUUCAGGGAUAUGGGCAUUGUUUGUCACAAUCCCUAUUGUUUCUCAAGCCAGUCACAAACAAUCUUUGAAGUAGGUGCAGAUCGCCCCUUAUACGGGCCCUAAACAGUCAAUAGACCUUUUUAGCUUGUAUGUUUUGUUUCUUCCCAUUACAGGUCAUGUGAUGAUACUCUAGAGAACUGUUUUUUUUUAACUAUUUCUUAUUCACGUGUAUAUCUUAGCAUAAUUUAUGAAGAGACAGAGAGUCAAGUUACCCUGGGACACCCAUUAGUAAAACAAAGCAUACAAGCUAAAGAGUCCUAUUGUAAACAAACUUCCAGGAAGCUCCGAGAGAACCGUUAUGAGAUUUUCAAACCGAGACAAAAGAAAUGAAAAGAUACAUUAUUUGAUUGAUAUUUCAUAUGUGUUUUCAUUUAAUAAUAUUUGUAUGUAUGUAUGCACACAUGUAAUUGAAUAUAACCCAAUAUUUCUCUCACACUAUUGUUUACUUUAACUUUUCAUUUCAUUUUCAUUGUUAUCAUUAUUUCAAUGUAUUCCUAAAUUUUCUUUUUUUGUUUCUUCGAUUUAAUCAAUUAUUUAAUUUUGGCGCGUAUAUUGUUCAAUGUACAUUGUCUACAAAAUUGUAAACUUUUUAGGACUUUGAAAAACUAACAAGCUGAGCUGCUUUAAAAAUUCCCAGUGACUUCAAUAAUCCGUAUUAUAACCGUUUUCAAAUUUUCAGGCAUUUUCGCUUUUUUCGUCUUCAAUGACACUUUAUAGGUAUUCUAGCGGACAAAUCAAACUCCUACAUUCCAGCGUUUUACCUGGCGGGAAGUGAAGUGCUUCUUGGUUCAUGUAUUACCUUCCUUUUAUGUUUCUCUAAACUGGAACCAAAGCAACGAACAGAUAUCACCGAACAACAGAACGAUGACGAAACAAUUCAACAAAGAAUGUGUAAAACGACAGAGCUACAUGAAGGCAAAAGAGCAGGACAUUUAAAAGUUGGGCAGUUAGAUAAGGAGCUCGAUCGUCCUCUUCCAAACGCUUUUCUGGAUGAAGAAACAUUGUCGUACAAGUGUACAAGUGUUUAAGUAAGUGUUUCUUUUUUUCUUUUUGCAGUCUUCUUCUAAUCAGUCCUUUGCUACAUGAUUAGAAACAUCAAAAAUCUUGCACCCACUUAACACAGUCCAAAGCUGCUCGAAUAAGACGUAGCUUUUGGUGAACUUUAUUUAUGAGGAGAGUUGUCAGCAAAAACUAAAGUUGCUGGAAAAGUUUGGUUUUUACGUGAUUGUCUCCCCGUGUCGCCUCGCGUUUGUCCGCAACCCAAGCAAACUAGUGUGAAAUACGCACUGUCAAUAUCCCUGUGCUAUACAAGAUGGUUGUGCCUGGAGUCGCACGGCCAUUCCCUUUGUAAAACCCUUUUGAUCACUGUUUAUCGAUUGAUUAAUUGUGUAAUGCGCCUCUGUAGGUCUGGAUUAAAAAUAAGCGAGCAAAAUAUCGCCAGCAGAAGAAACAGCAACUCGACGCUCAAAAUAAAGCAAACGAAGACAGAAGUGACUCAACGUCAUCGCCUCCAGGGUACCGUCCAUAAAAACAACGCCACAAAAGUUGUUUGGUAACAGCUUUAGCUUUACACACUGUAAAGGUGUCGAUUUACUGCAGCCAACCAGAGAUUCUCUAAAACAAAGCUCUUCGAUACUAGACGGACAAGACGUUAUCAACCCUCUAAGUCAGGAAAUAAUAACAUUGCAGACCUUCUUGCUGCUCUUUCGUCCACAGUUUCCUCGCAACCCACUCAACUUCGCACUGGCAGUAAGCAGAGUUUCCUUCCAGGUAAUGGGAUCAUAUCGUUCAUUAACAGUGAUAAUACACAACAUCUUUACCUACACUCUGCAACCAAGAAACUUUUAGCCAGAAGUUAUUUAACCUGGGAAAACAGCCGACAAUUCGUCACACCACCACUGGUUUCCCCUUUAAAUGACGUCUGGGAAAGCAAAGCAAAGCAAAGCAAAGUAAAUAGCAAGGUAAAUUUAAGCCAUGGGUUUAAAUGCUUGGACGCCUAAACCUUGAAUUCCAGUUUUUGGAACACCUAAACUAUGAACUCCAAUGUUUGGAGCACAUAAUCCUUAAAUUCCAGUGUUUACAAAGUCUCAAUCCAAAAUUUCAAUGUUUUAGAACUCCCGAACCUUGAAUUACGAUGUAAGGAACGCCUAAACCGUGAAUCCCAUGGUUUGAUUGAGACGCCAAAACCUUAAUUCUCAUGUUUGAACGCCUUGCCCUAAACCCUGCUUAAAAGGUUGGAACGCUUAAAUCUUAAAUUAAAAUGUUUGAAACUCUUAAACCGUGAAUUCCUAUGUUUGAAACGCUUAUUCCUUUCAAAUGUUUGGAAAGCGUAACCCCCGAAUUUAUUUUCUUGGAAAGCCUAAACCCUGAAUUCAAAUAUUUAAACCCUUGAGCCAUAAAUUUAAUUUUCAGUUUGUAAACCAUAGUUAACAGCCCUUCAUUGGUUACCCGCCGGGUAUUGCAUUAAUUUUAAGAUUUAUUUGUUUAGCAGUUUUAAUUCAAUUCAUUAAAUUACGCCACCUGACAUUUCUGAAGUUGUAUCUGUUAAAGAAACUUAGGUGGCGGAAAUUGUUUGACGUCAAAUUUGUGAAUACAUUAACAAGCUGGCAGCACCCAAAUUAUGGAACGAUCUCCU